UGUACUCGGGUCCUGUCGAGCAGCCCGUGCGAGGCUGUCCUGGAGACCCCGCGCUGCCUGCACCUCUAACGUCUCGGUUGUCAUGGAUGAUGAAGACGGCAGGUGCCUUCUAGAUGUAAUUUGUGACCCAGAAGCUCUAAAUGACUUUCUUCAUGGAUCUGAGACCCAUUUGGACACUGACGACCUUUUGGAUGGUACGAGUGACCCCUCCAGCUCGUUCUUCUCUACCACUGGGGGCCAUGUUUCAGAGGUCCAGCCUGCGGUCCAGCUGCCAGCCAGCGAGUCGGCAGGCCUACCCAGAGUCAGUGUGGAUUUGGACUUCCUUGAGGAUGAUGACAUCUUGGGUGGAUCCCCAGGUGGAGAAGGCGGUAGCAAUGGCAUCGGGACAAACCACGAGCCGUGUGACAUUCUGCAGCAGAGUUUGGCUGAGGCCAACAUUACAGAGCAGAGCUUACAGGAAGCUGGGAGUGAGCUGGACCUGGUGUCGUUUGGAAUCCCAGGCCUUACCCAGGUGGUUCAAGCUCUGCCUGAUGCCAGCCUCUCUGCGGCUGGAGGUGCUGCCGUUGGGGUAGGCAUUGGUGUUGGUGGAGCAGCAACAAUUUUCCCCGGAUCAGCCCCGAGCACCACAGGUAAUCCUUCCAAUGCCACGGCCGACAUGCUGGGUUCCGUGCUCGCCCAGCAGGGUCUUCAGCUCCAGCCCCAGGUUAUGAACAAGGCCAUUAGCGUUCAGCCUUUUAUGCAGCCUGUUGGCCUUGGAAAUGUAACGCUUCAAUCCAUUUCCAGUCUUCAAGCUCUUUCUAACGGAAGUCAGUCGGGAACUUUGGGAAUCGGACAGAUUCAGGUUGUAGGCCAGCCUACAGUCAUGACUAUCAACCAGUCGGGGCAGCCGAUCCUGGCCAAAGCCAUGGGUGGAUACCAGCUGCAGCAGCCGGGCCAAGAGGUAUCGGCUGCCAGCUCCCAAGCGGGACUCGCUGGAUCUGGAGGUGGACUUCUGAUCCAGGGUAACAAAGGAACUGUUGGCUCUCCAGCUUUAAACGGACCGUCUGUUUCUGUCAGUAGCACAAACAGCAUCAGUGCUGCCACGAUGACUGCUCCUGCUGGUCUUGUGGGCUUUGGAAGCACCCCUAUAAACACAGGAGUGGCGCCUCAGACGCAAACUCAAGGCCAGAUUAUGCAGAACGUGAUCAUCCAACGCACACCAACACCCAUUCAGCCUAAACCCCCCCAGGGGGGAGCCAUUCACCCUAAACUCUUCAAACCACAACAACAGCAGCAGCAGCAACAACAACAGUCACAGGCAGCACCCCAGGCACAGCAAAAUGAUGCUCAUAAGGCUCUUGGGCUGCAGCAACUUCCAGUUUCUGCUGCUCAGAAUGUAGCCUUCCUAACAGGAAAGCCAAGCUCCAAUGUUGUCUUAAGUACUCAGGCCACAACGCAAGGUCCCCAGUUCCAACAAGCCCUGUUCAAGCCACAAGCAGCACAACCAUCAGGCAAGCCCCUCAGUGUGCAUCUGUUGAACCAACAAGGCAGCAUCGUUAUUCCUUCUCAGACUGUUCUCCAAGGCCAGAACCACCAGUUUCUGCUGCCUCAGCUGCAGGCUGGUGGGCAGAUCCUGACCCAACACCCGGGGGGCCACAUCAUAACGAGUCAAGGCCCUGGCGGACAGCUCAUUGCAAACCAGAUUUUAACUGCAAACCAGAACAUCAACCUGGGCCAGGUGUUAACGUCACAGGGCCACCCAGGGGCUGCCCAUAUUCUGUCUGGACCUAUUCAGCUCCAGCCGGGUCAGAUGGGCACACCCACCCUUUUCCAGAUGCCUGUUGCCUCUUUGGCUCAGAGUCAAAGUCAGACGCAGACUCCCGCCGUCUCAGGCCAUGCUCAGACGGUGAUACAGGGCAUGCCUAUCCAGAAUUCCCUGACCAUGGUGAGUCAAGUGGAAGGGUUGAGUCCAGCUAUCAGCCUUCAGCCCGCGCUGCAGGCCCAGGCAGGUGGCGUCCCCAGCGGCGCAGGAGUAGCUACCGUCUCUCAAGGCCAGACUGGAGAAACUGUUACCGUUCUGGGAAGCUCCUCCGAACAGGCAGCUCAUCCAACCCCACAGCUUCUACCCCAGUCUUCUAUACUUGCCGUGCAGCAGGCGCCGUCGGUCUCCGCGGCUUCCAUUGUGGCCUCCUCCUCUCCGUCCAUGUCUGUUUCAACCUCCUCCUCUGUGACAGCUGUGGGGCUGGUCCCCCCUCAGGCUCAUAACAGUCCAGGGAGGUUACUGUUCACCAACCAGGGCUCAAGUAUGAUCCUGAGUCAGGAGUCUCUGCAGAUGUUCCUCCAACAGGAGCAGCACCACCAUACAGAGACUGAAUCUCCCCCCUCAGUGGGCGUCCCAGCGUCUGUAAUCGUCAGCAGCAACAGCAUCACUACUGCGGCCCCUGCUGUCCAUGACAGCCAAUUAACUGACUCUUGGGUGGGUCAGAGCCACAGCCCUUCCCCUGGCCCCUCCCACAUGACAGCAGUGGUAAAGGUACCCUCAGGUGGAGCUCAGCAGACUCUGAAGAUCCAGGGCAUGUCCUCUUCUCCGGCUUUGACCUCUCAUGCCACGCCUCCCCCAGUGGCAGAAAGUCCACAGCCUUCCCACUCUCCUCUGACUCUGAGCCAGCAGAUCCAGUCGCCUCACCAUCAACAGUCGCGUCCUCCUUCUCAGCCUCAGUCUCAAACCCCCUCACGCUCAUGCACGCCGUCGUCCCACACUAAGCUCUUCAUCGUCCACAACCAAAUCCCUGAGUCUCCCAAACCUGUCCAACAGGGUCAGGUGCAGCAAACGCCCCCCCAGCAGGUGCACAUUCAAGUUCAGCAUCAACCUCUGCCUCGUCCGGCCUCACAGCCUGCUCCCUAUCAGCAAGAAAUGCCUCAAGUUUCACAGUCACCCAAGCCUCUUCCUGCACCAGCUGCACAACAUCAGUUUGCUGCACCUCCUAUCAGCUGUGCUACAGCUGUAGUGAAAACUCCAGUUCCCAUUCAGGGCCUUUCAGCUGGACAACAGCAUCAUCUACAAAGAGUAGGAGCACAAAUUCAGACUGUGUCAUCCAUUAAUCAGCCCUCACAUCAGCAUAAACAACUGCUGGAGAAGCUGCAUCAGGCCCAGCAGAACAUUAUGCUACAGGCAAAGCCUCAAACUCAAGCCACGGGACAGUUUAACUCCCAGCAAGAUGUGCCUGUCGAUAAAGGGGUGAUCGCACCGUCAGUGAGCUCAGAAACACCUGCUCAGCUUCCCACGAUGCUGCAGCCAACCUCAGUGCUCGUCAAAACCUCCACUACAGGAGUAGGUGACUUACAGGUCUUCUCAGGAGCCCAAGGGCACGCCGGAGCAAUGGUUCAUCAGACUGUCACUCCUGUCAGCCUUACCCAGCCUGUACAGGUUCAGCCAAAGCCAGGAGUGAUCAGCUCAGUAGGAGGGAUGACUCUAGGGAAAGGUGCGAUGAAGAUCCAGGUGUUGGGGCCUCCUCUCACACAGAUGUCUGUCCCACAGCAGCAGGCUCCUGUACAAACUCAGCUCACAUCACAGACACCAACAGUAAAAAUGCCUUUAAGUUCUGAACCCAGUAAAGAAGCCAGGAUGCUGGAACAGCUAAGAAAACAUCAGGGUUCAGUGCUUCACCCCAACUACAGUGCUCCUUUCCACUCGUUUGAGGACACUCUGCACAGACUGCUGCCUUACCAUCUCUACCAGGGAACUGCAAACUCCUCUCAAGAUUAUCAAAGAGUGGAUGAUGAAUUUGAGAGGGUCUCCUGCCAGCUGCUAAAAAGGACCCAGGCCAUGCUGGAUAAAUAUCGUCACCUGCUCUUCACUGAGUCAAAACAGAGACUUGGCCCGUCAGCAGAGAUGGUGAUGAUCGACAGGAUGUUCAUCCAGGAGGAAAAGGUGGCUUUGAAUCAGGACAGGAUUUUGGCCAAGGAGAGACCAGAGGAGUUUGUUGCAAGCGUUCGGAUGUUGGAGAGCGGAGUUUCAUCCCAACAAAAAUCAGCAUCUCCGGAGCUCCGGCCAGCGAGUCCGGCUGCAUCCACAGCUGCUCCAGCUGCGCUACAACCUGCUUCUGCUCCACCUAUCAAGAUGGAACCCACUCCUCCCUCUGUGCCCGCUCCUGCUCCUGCUGCAGCUCCAGUGUCUGCUCCGUCUCCUACUCCUCCUCCUCCCCCUCCUUCCCAUUCCCCUUUCCCUCCUACCAAACUGGUCAUAAAGCACGGAGGAGGCGGAGCAUCUGUGUCCUGGUCCACCAGCUGUCCUCCAGCACUGGCAGUCAAGCCAGCAGCCGAACCUGUCAGCCAGAGCUCCGCCCCAACUCGGGCUCCGGCGGCAUCGUCCUCGUUUAGCUCCUCUAUUUCGAACUCCAAAGGAACCGACGAUGAUGACGACGCUCUUCCACAGAGAACCAGCAAACCGCCCAUCAAGACCUACGAGGCUCGCAGCAGAAUCGGCUUGAAGCUAAAGAUCAAGCAGGAUCAGACGGGUUUCAGCAAGGUAGUCCACAAUACCGCCUUGGACCCUGUGCACACACCCCAACCUCAGCUGAGCAGUCGCCCCACCCCUGAGCCUCAGCCUCAGACAGAAGCUGCUGCCCCGCACUCUAAGUCCCAUCAUCUCCCCACGCAUCCUAACACCGUCAUCAGAUCUCAGUCUCCGACAUGCACAGCUUCCGCUGCUCUUUCAGCUUCCGUCACAACCACUCAGAGUAACCCUUUGCUGAGAGGAAGCGUUCCUCCGUCAUCCUCCUCUUCCUCUUCGUUGACUCAGAUGAACGGCACGUUGGACCACCACCCCGUCAAACACAACCCCCCUCCCUCACAGACCACCUGCCGUCUUCCACUUAGAAAAACCUACAGAGAAAACAUCAGUCCGCGGGUCAGACCGGGCAUCCCAGGAGGAUUAGACGAAGGUUUUUCCCAUCCGAGAACCACACCGUCGCCCCCCAGGCACGGGGCCUCUACUCCCCCCUCAGAACGGACAGUUAUAGCAAGUGUAAGAGUGGAGAAAAGAGACAGGGAGGCCUUACACGCUCCGACAGAUUCCAGCCACGAAGGCGGGCUUUUAGGGAACUCCAUGCAGGGGCUGGACAAAAUGAACGAGGUGUUUAACCGAGGGGUCAAAACCACGCAGCACCAUCACCUCUCCCUGCUCCUGGACAGGGAGGGGGCAAAGGAGAGGGAGGAGGAGCAUGCAGCCCAAGAGACUGAUGUGAGUAAGUACAAAAGGUUCAGUGGAAAAAAUAAACACAGGACUGGAGGGACAUUCCGAAUGGACCAACACGCGCCUGGACCUCCAUCUCCAGAGUCCUCCUUCACACGAGACUCUUUGCUUCCUGCCAAACGCUGCAAGUCAGACUCACCCGACAUGGACAACGCCAGCUUCUCCAGCGGCAGCCCUCCGGACGACUCUCUAAACGAGCACCUCCAGUGCGCCAUCGACAGCAUCCUGAACCUGCAGCAGGAACCCACGGUCCGCGGCCACCACAUCAAAGGAGGCAGCGGGAGGUCCCACCAACACCAAAGUCAGCGCCCAGGAGACUUGACAGUCUCAUCACACAGACAUGCGGUCCCAACUCCCUCGUCUCCUUCUUCAUCCUCCUCGUUGGCCUCGCACCCUCAGGUUGGUGGGCGGGGCCACAAUGGCAGCCUGGUUCCUCAGACUCAGAGCAGAUAACAGCCCCUCAAACCCAGACUGUGGGAGGUGGGGGGGCUCAGAGACAAUUCUAGAGGGAGGGACAGGGACGUACUCUCCCAAGCUGUGUUGCCUUUGUCUAUUUGAAUUGCCCGGCAUUUCUUUAUUAUUUACAAGCUGAGCUAAGCCACCCCGACGGAUUUAAUGUGGUUAAACUAAAACAGUUGAUAAUGCCUGCUUUGGCAUGUCUUCUUUAAUUCUUUUUGUCUCUGUUUACAUUCCUCUAACAUGUCCCCAGGAGCAGACUCUUCAUGCUCUUUAAACUGUGUCCUGUUGGGCAUCAGGCUCGUCACAACUCACAAAAGAUAAACCAGCAGGACGCUUUUACGAGCUCCCUGCACCUUGCGAAUUUGACUUUUAUCACAAAUGCAAAAGACACACUUUAACGGCCGACUACAGGUCUAACUAUAUAUGAGAUUAGUGUUGAGUUAUUUUAGUGGCUUUUACUGGCAAAACAGAUCAAAUCAGCCCUUUAACAAAUUAGCAUUUACUUAAAUAUAACAAGGACAUUUUUUUAGAAAACUUGUCAGCCGGUUUUUUUUUUUGGUUCUACUCCAAUGCUGUAAUACCAGAAUGUAAAAGGAACUGUUUUUCAGUACCUGAUGUCAAAUUUUACCGGGUUUCUGUUUGUCUGAUGUUCAUUAGGGCAGGUUGAGGCAUUAUGCAUUUCAGUCAGCAGGGGGCAGACCCAGUUUUAACUAGUUUCCCCUCAUUCUCUCAUCUUUCUCAUGAGUUCUGUUUGAUUUUUUUUUUUUUUUUGUUGCUUUUUUUUGUCUAUUUUUUAAGCCUGGUGGACAAUUCAAAAACAAACACAGCACAAGCAUUGAAAUGGAAAAAAAAAUGGAACAAUAAUAAUGUACAAAAAAGACCGGAAGAGAAUUUGAAGUAUAGUAUUACAGAUUAAUUUUUGUAUUGUAUUUAUUGUGUAUAAUGACACUUUUUAAAAAGAAAUGUACAUUUAGUAAAACUGUAAAUUAAACCUUGCUUCUUUUAUGAA